CGGGUUUGGAGGUGCUCAGCACUUUCCUUCCCGGUCGUGCCCGUGUCCCCGCAGAGCCAGGACUGACACACAGCCAUGGUGGUCGUUUUUGGCUACUGGGAUGUCCGUGGGCUGGCCAACCCCAUCCGUCUGCUGCUGGAGUACACGGGGACCCCGUACCAGGAGAAGCAGUACCGGCCGGGCCCCGCUCCCGACUAUGACAAGAGCAACUGGACCAAAGAGAAGGAGAAGCUGGGGCUGGACUUCCCCAAUCUGCCUUAUCUCAUCGAUGGCCCCAUCAAGCUGACGCAGAGCAACGCCAUCCUGCGCUACAUCGCCCGCAAGCACAAGAUGUGUGGUGAGACAGAGAAGGAGCUGUUACAAGUGGACAUGCUGGAGAACCAGAUCAUGGAUUUGCGGAUGAGCUUCAUCUACUUGUGCUACAGCCCCAAUGUUGAGACCUUUGAGAAGCAGAAGCCCGUGUUCCUGGAGCAGAUGUGCGGGAAGCUGCGGGAGCUGUCGCGCUUCUUGGGCUCCCGGAGCUGGUUCGUGGGGGACAAGCUCACUUUCGUGGACUUUGCUGCGUACGAUGUGCUGGAUCAGCUCCGCAUGUUCGCCCCCGAGUGCCCGGAGCUGAAGGGGAACCUGGAGCAGUUCCUGCAGCGCUUCGAGGCUCUGGAGAAGAUCUCAGCCUACCUGCGCUCGGGGCGCUUCCUGCGGACCCCCAUUUACUGGCCCACGGCCAUAUGGGGCAACACCAAGUAGUGUGGGGGGGCUCUGCCUCGUGUGUCCCCCCAUCACCCCUCCCCUCCCCCCCCAGCCCCCUCCACUGCAGAAUAAAGUGAGGGGCUCUGCCCCCUUGGCUGGC